UUUUAAUGUUCUAAUCAUCAACGGAUUAGAAGUGUGGAUGUUCACAAUAUCCCCGUUGCAAAUUUGUCCUCAUAUUGUGUCGCGAUUAAAUUUGCAUAGGCUCCGAUAAGCAAUCAUUGAUCACUGAGAAAUCUUGACGGGUCGAUAUCCCAAUUUCCAUAAUGAUCAUCAAAAAGAACAACUACGAAAUUCCCGACUUCCUCAACGAACAGUUUUUCAAAAAUGUUAUAGCGAAUAAAAUUGGAUCUAAGGAGUUUGAACUAAUCAGCCUGGAUUUUUCACUGGGAUGUAACCCCGGUGAUAAUCAUUUCAGCAGUGUUUACCGUGUGCAAGCUACUUAUAAUGAAAAGGGAUCGGCAAGCCAAGUAGAAGAUCUCUUUGUCAAGUGUGUUCCCUUGGAUGGCGACUUGACAGAAGCAGACAUUUUUGAAAAGGAGAGGCUAAUGUAUUGUGACAUCAUACCGCGGAUUGAGAGCUGCCUAGUAAAUGUAAAAACUGCACCAAAAUGCUACUACGUCGCGACCGAGCCUAUAGGAACCAUGGUCUUUGAAGACAUGAAAAUUGCGGGGUACGAUAUAGCAGAUCGUAUUAACGGGGUGGACAUAAACCAUUGUAAAGUUUUUCUGAAGAAACUAGGCCAGUAUCAUGCCGGUUCCAUGUUGCUCCUGGAAAAAGAACCUUCGUUGAAAGAAACAGAUAAUUUAAAGCAUGGUAUAUUCUCCUCGGUUAGCUUCACCAAAAAAGGUUUAGCAAGGCCAGCAUAUAUGAAUCUCGCAGAAAUGAUCGAGCAUGCAUCAAAAUGGCCUGGCUAUGAAAAAAUCGUGAUUAAACUAAAAGACUUCCUUAAAAAUAAAACUUUCCUCGACAAAGUUGUAGACGAAAUACGAAUCUCACCAGGUGACAUCGUAGGAAUCUGCCAUGAAGAUUGUUGGGUAAACAAUAUUCUUUUCCAAUACAAAGGGGGUUUGGUAACAGAUGCUCUUCUCAUUGAUUUCCAAGGAUGCACUCGAGGGAGUAUAGGGCUUGACAUUAGCUUCUUUUUUGCCGUCGAUGCAGCACCAAAUGUCUUGCGCCAAGGUACAGAUCAAUUGAUUGAAGACUUCUAUUACCCAGCUCUCCGAGCAGCACUCGAAGAAGGUUCUUAUAAGAACAUCCCUACAAUUCAAGAUAUCAAAAAUGAAGUUAAAAAGAAAGCUAUGUUUGGACUUUUCGGUGCAGCGGUGGUUUUAGCUUUAACCUCAAUAGAUAGGAAAGACUUUGAUGAAAAUCCUGUUGAUGCAAUGAAGGAUGAUAAAAAAGCAGAAAAGAUCGCCAAAAUAGCUUGUUCAUCAGAACGAUUCAAAGAAACAAUGAAAAUUUUGCUGAAGGAAUGCGAAAGUUAUGGAUUAUUUGAUUGAUGGCAUUGUUCAACCAACGAACUGUUCUACCAAAUACUCCAUAACCAGCAAUUUCAUUCAGUAUUUCUAACAACGCACUUGGGAUUUGUGAGCUGAUAAUAAAGGUGUGAAAACUGAA